UUUUUAUUCUCUAAACCCCUUCUGGGUGUUGUCUUAUAUUGUGUUUACAUAAACAAGCAUCAUUUUUUUUGGUUUCCGUGUUUCCUUUCUUUUCUCUUCUUGAUCUGUUUGCGUGACAAUUCUUUCCGUGCUGCGCCAUUUUUGUCUCUAUGUUCUUUUCACACGCGCAUGCACGAAUUUCUUCCCCAAAUGGUCUCAGGUUUUUCCUCUCAAUCUAAAAGUUGCAUACACAAAAGGACUACCAUAUUGUUUUGUUUGUAUUUGCAGGAGUUGAGAGCAAUCUAUGGCUUCCCUGGAGAAAAGAAAGGCAGAGAAAAAGUUGCAGAAAAGCUACUUUGAUGUGCUGGGUUUGUGCUGUUCAUCAGAGGUGCCUUUGAUUGAGAACAUCCUCAAGGCUCUUGAUGGCGUCAAGGAGGUUUCAGUGAUCGUGCCGUCAAGAACAGUCAUUGUUGUUCAUGACAAUCUCCUCAUUUCCCAGGCUCAAAUUGUUAAGGCUCUAAAUCGUGCAAGGCUUGAAGCAAAUGUGAGGGUAUAUGGGGUGGAGAAUUCCCAAAAGAAAUGGCCAAGCCCAUAUGCUGUUGCCUGUGGUACGUUGCUUUCGCUAUCAUUCUUCAAGUAUCUCUACCUCCCACUCCGAUGGCUGGCUGUUGGAGCGGUGGCUGUCGGCAUAUUUCCGAUUGCUAUGAAAGGGGCGGCGGCGAUUCGUCAUCUUAGGCUCGACAUCAAUAUCCUUGCCAUAAUUGCAGUGAUAGGCACACUUGCAAUGAAUGAUUAUUUGGAAGCCGGGACUAUUGUCUUUCUCUACACCAUUGCAGAAUGGCUUGAGUCAAGAGCAAGCCACAAGGCAAAUGCAGUAAUGUCCUCAUUGAUGAACAUAGCCCCUCAGAAGGCGGUGAUAGCAGAAACUGGAGAAGUUAUCGAUGUUGACGAGGUCAAGUUGAACGCCGUUCUCGCUGUCAAGGCCGGUGAAGUUAUCCCCAUUGAUGGAAUUGUAGUGGAAGGGCAAUGUGAAGUUGAUGAAAAGGCUCUAACUGGAGAGUCAUUCCCAGUUGCCAAAGAAAAGGACUCUACUGUUUGGGGUGGUACCAUCAAUCUAAAUGGUUAUAUUAGUGUUAAAACCACUGCUCUGUUUGAAGAAUGCAUGGUGGCUAAAAUGGCACAGCUUGUAGAAGAGGCCCAGAACAGCAAAACCAAAACUCAGAGAUUAAUUGACAAAUGUGCCAAAUUUUAUACCCCAGGCGUUCUGAUCAUAUCAGCUUGUUUUGCUGUGGUACCAGCAGCAUUAAAAGUUCAUAAUCGAAACCAUUGGUUUCACUUAGCAUUGGUUGUCUUGGUAAGUGCAUGUCCAUGUGCACUCAUCCUGUCUACACCUGUUGCAACAUUCUGUGCUCUCACAAAGGCAGCAACAUCUGGCCUUCUAAUCAAAGGUGGUGACUAUCUUGAAACUCUUGCAAAAAUUAAGAUAAUGGCAUUUGACAAAACUGGCACAAUAACAAGAGGUGAAUUUCUGGUGACUGACAUUCGUUCUCUUUGUGAUGAUAUUAGCUUGAACACAUUGCUUUAUUGGGUUUCAAGCAUUGAAAGCAAGUCAAGUCAUCCAAUGGCAGCCGCACUGGUUGACCACGCAAGGUCCCUUGCAAUUGAGCCAAAGCCUGAAAAUGUGGUGGAAUUUGAAAAUUUUCCUGGAGAAGGCAUUCAUGGCAAAGUUGAUGAGAAUGAUAUUUAUAUUGGAAACAAGAAAAUUGCUCUAAGAGCUGGGUGUCCAACAGUUCCAGCCAUAGAAGCUGAUAUGAAGAAAGGAACCACCAUUGGCUACAUAUACUGUGGAGCAACCCCAGCUGGAAUUUUUUGUCUCUCAGAUGCUUGUCGAUCUGGGGUUGUGGUGGCAAUCAGGGAGCUGAAGUUGUUGGGAAUUAAAACAGCUAUGCUAACUGGAGAUAGGCAAGCAGCAGCAAUGCAUGUACAAGAACAGCUGGAUCAUGCUCUAGAGAUAGUGCAUGCAGAACUUCUACCUGAAGAUAAAGCAAGAAUCAUCAGAGAAUUCAAAAGAGAAGGACCAACAGCCAUGACAGGAGAUGGUGUAAAUGAUGCCCCAGCAUUGGCCACAGCUGAUAUAGGUAUCUCAAUGGGCAUUUCAGGCUCAGCACUAGCUACUGAAACUGGUCAGGUGAUUCUCAUGUCCAAUGACAUCAGAAAGAUACCAGAAGCCAUCCAAUUGGCAAGAAAAGCUCACAGGAAAGUAAUUGUGAACAUCUUUUUUUCAAUCACUACCAAGUCUGCUAUCCUUGCCUUGGCCUUUGCUGGCCAUCCGCUUGUCUGGGCUGCAGUUCUUGCAGAUGUUGGGACAUGUGUGCUAGUCAUCCUAAACAGCAUGCUGCUUUUGCAAGGUACAGAGAAACCCAAGGGGAAUUCAAGCAAAUCUUCUGCUGCAAAGCAUACCCAUAAGCAUGGAUGCAAUGCCAGUAAUGGCCACUCAUCUCAUCACCAUCUUGUUCAAGAUUCUCAUCACCAUCAUCUAAAAGAUUCCAAUCACCAUUGCUGCUCUGAAAGCAAAGAUCAAAUGGUUACUCUGCCUCAAAAAGUUUCUUCUAAGAAGUGUCAAUCUAGCCCUUUAACAUCAAACUUAUGUACAGAAGAUAAUUGCACAGAUUCAACAGGAAGGAAAGGUGAAUGUGUAGAAGAUGAUGGGCUCCAAGAGGAAAAACAUUGCAAACCUUAUACUCCUUUAGAAGGAAUGCAAAGCAUGAAAAAUGAUGGCCAUUGCCACUCAGACCAUUGUGGAGUGAACCACAACCAUGCUGACAAUGGAUCUGCAGGGAAAAUGGAAAAACAUUGCAAACAUUCAACUCCUAUAGAAGGAAUGCAAAGCAUGAAAAAUGAUGGCCAUUGCCACUCAGACCAUUGUGGAGUGAACCACAGCCAUGCUGAAAAUGGAGCAGCAGGAAAAAAGGAGUCAGGUUGCAAUCAUCAGCACAAAUGUGGUAAAGAUUACAGUGCACCACUUCAUACCACCAUUGAUAUUGUGCCAUGUGUUGAGCAUGUGGAAUCAACCACUAUCCCUGCUUUUGAGAAGAGAGAAAUAGGUGGGAGUUGCAAGGGCCAUAGAACAGAAUGUGGGCAAUCUGCAGCAGCUAUGCAUGCUUGUAUCAGUUUGGAGAAGAGAGAAAUUGGUGGGUGUUGCAAGAGCUACAUGAAGGAAUGUUGUGGCAAGCAUGGACAUCUUGCGGGUGCCUUUGGUGGAGGAUUAUCAGAAAUCAUCACGGAAUAGUGCCACUACUUUGAAUAAGGCUAAUACAAAAGAAAAAAAGGAGAAAAAAACUUUAAAUAAGGCUAGUCUGCCUUGCUAGAUUUCCACAUGCUUUUUUCUUUGAGGAAAUUUGGAUGAAAGGGAAUUAAUGGCAUUUUUAAGAGCCACAACUAACGAAUGAAAUGAAAAU